AUGAAAUGGGCACGAAUGAGCACGAAACGACAACUAGAUGAAGGGAUUCCCGGGUAUCGAAGGGAAGCUGGUUCCCAGAGUGGGCACUAUACGGCACACCGCCACGACCGUGGGGUUAUUACUGAGGUGGAUAUCAGGCAACUGGUCGACUUCCAUUUUCCCCUUAACGGCCCGGAACCUGACUUGCAGACCCGCAUGCAUGUCACGUGCGCACUGUUGUGCUGGUUUGCAUUCCUGCGGUUCGAUGACCUCGCCCGGGUACUAGUACAUUACGACCUGCUACACAUCACACCGGGCGUGGGUGCCGAGAUCAUCCUGUGGAAAAGCAAGACGGACCAACGUGGCGAAGGACAGACCGCGUCUGUCGGUUUUCGGGGCGACCACUACUGCCCCAUGACGCGGCUGGAGGAACUGCUGACGAAAGGGCAAUACGUCCGACUGCCGAAACAAGAGGCGGUCGAGGGGCGUUAUGUUUCGGUUGAAGAUGUAGGCCCACUCCUCCGCCGGGUCACAACCAGCCAGACGGGUGUGCCGAGCUUGGUGCAGCGCACGGCACCGCUCAGUGCACCCAUCCCACCGCUGCCAUACCGCACUUUCCUGGGCCACCUGAGGAGGCUCUUUGUGGAGGCCGGGCUCUCACCGCGUUUCGGAACUCACUCCUUGCGCUCCGGGGGGGUGACUGCUGCCGUUAACAAUGGCGCAGACCGCAGCCUGGUGCAGAAACUGGGCCGCUGGAAGAGUGCGGACGUUUUCGAACAGCAUUAUGUGAAAGAUAGCGACGCAGCUCGGGGCCGGGUGACGGCCCUCUCGAUUAAUACCGCCCAGUGA